GGGAGUCACAGCUCUGCGACUCGUUGCUCGCCCGGCAUCUGUGAGUCGUUUCUCCGCACCGAGAUGCCUGUCAACUUGCAUCGUGAGCAAUGGGAAGCGGUCUCCAACAUGCUGCGUGCAGUAGGCAAGGAUCUGAAGCACUUGUCGAUCGAACCUGUCACAGUUGCGCCCUUGGUUGUAUUCUUGUAUCCCGCAGAGAUUCGAAUGGAGCGUACUCAGUUGCUUCAUCGAGCACGAAGCGAUCUUUUCCCUGCCGCUCAUCGCCGCUAUUGCGAGGCACACCCAAGCUUUCCCAGACUUGCUCUUGAUGCUUUGCAAUCUGCCCAACUGCUCCUCGGCUUAUGGCGGGUGGUCUCCGGAGAUUGUGAAGGACUGGUCGCGCUCGGAUUGCACAUAGGCAGAUGUCCUGUGUGAGGUCACUAUAUGCGCAGAAUCGAUGGUGGGCUGGCUGAUCAGGGUUGUCAACGAUCAGAUAGUUCUUUCAAGGUCGCUGAGGUCGCUGGAUUGCCCCAAGACAAGGAGUUUCCGCCAUUGUCCUUUUCGCGCUUUGUUUGUUGGGUAGUGAGCUGAUUUUCUGGCGUCUUGCGAGACGUUUGAGCAUUUUGGCGCAAUGACACCGGUACCAUGCAUGGGAUAGAAGAAUGUUGGUUGUUUGAAGAGGACAAGACGGAAAAUUUGACUCCGACGGCUUCAAGGUGUCUUGCAGUACAGAGUCUGGCG